AUGUUAAAAGCAAGACAAUUAAUUUCUUAUGUUCAUAAUAUUGUUGACAUGGCAUUGGAAUUAGAUGAAAAUACACUUGAUAAAAAUUAUACAAAUGAUGAUGCUCUUUUUAGUUUAAGAUUAACUAAAUAUUUACCAACGAAAAAUGAGGAACAAUUAGCAUUCGGAGAACAUCAAGAUUUUCUUGGAUUUACAUUAUUACAAAAUGAUAAUGUACCAGGUUUAGAAGUGAACGUAAAUCAAACAUGGUUUCGUGUAGAAUCUAAACCAGACACUCUAUUAUUAGUUGGUGGUGAAUAUAUUGAAAGAUGGACAAAUAAUUACUGGAUAUCUAUAUUACAUCGUGUUGCAGCAGUAAAACAAUUAAGAUAUUCAGUAUUAUUCUUUACUGGACCAGAUAUGAAUUCUUUUAUUCAAACAUUGCCAUGUAAAAAAUGUCGACAGCAACAAUCAAAAUAUGCUCCAAUUACUGGACACGAACAUUUAAAACAAAAAAGUAUAGCUGCAACACGUAACUAA